CCACCACCCAUGAAGAACUUGUUGCAGCUUUCAGUGGUGUUGCUGGCUGUGACGCUUGUACCGUUCAUAUGGUACACGACCCUCAUGCCCCGCUGGUUGUCGCAGUCGGGCGAGCGUAACUCCACCGUCUUCUACUCACAAGGCAUGGGGCUCUGGCUGAACUACACGGAACACGUAGGUGACCCGAGAUUCGACCCUGGGAACUCGCUGUGGGUGCCGCCCCAAGAGAGCGGGGCGGAUUCCUACAGUGUGCAAUGUACUGCCCAGAAGUCCUUUUGCGCCAGUGCAGUGGGAGAGUUGCACAAGCAGUAUUGCCAAGUGAUGAAGGUGUAUUGCGGGACAGCCAUGACGUUUCUUCAGCUGAUAAUGUCCAUGGUGGCGGGGUGCGGCGUGGUGGUGGCGAUUUGGUCCGUUCAUCUGAUAACUACCCGGCACUGUACCAUCGCAGACAAGUACCUUAUGCACUUGUGUGUGCUCAAUGGCAUCGGCUGUCUAAUAGCUGCGAUGGUCUGGUACUUUUUCGUGUUUCAACUCAUCAUCGACUCGCCCUUCUACAAAGACCAAUUCAACCGCUGCUCAGAGAACGACUCGGGCCGCACGUGUUGGCAGAUGGGACUUUGUGUGUAUUUCUUGAUCGCUGGAGGCGUGCUGUACCCGGUGCUGGCUGUGCUGGUGAUUACGCACGUGACGAACAAGUUUAGACGCUUCCAGCAGCUUCUGCGUCGGAUGUACGAGACGGCAACAGUGGUGGAAGUUCCAGUUCCGGUGGCGGAUAUGAAGAAUAUCUGGAGUCGACCAAGCUGGCACCGCUAA